UGCACUUGGCCCUGGCUGUUGUUCUCUGCAGAGAACACAUCCCAGUCUGCCUGUCUCUUUCAUGUAGCUGUGAGCAUCCGGCAUCAGGAAGAGGAUCCUCCCGACGCUCAGCUCCUGAGGCUGGAUAACAUGCUGCUGGCUGAGGGUGUGUCCAGGCCAGAGAAGAGAGGACGAGGAGCAGCGGCAGGCGCCACAGCAACACCAGGUGGCUGUCCAAAUGACAAUAGCAUUGAGCACUCAGACUACAGGGCCAAGCUGUCCCAGAUCCGACAGAUUUACCACUCUGAGCUAGAGAAGUAUGAACAGGCCUGUCGUGAGUUCACCACCCAUGUCACCAACCUUCUCCGGGAACAGAGUAGGGUGAGGCCUGUGUCCUCCAAGGAGAUGGAGCACAUGGUGGGCAUCAUCCACAGCAAGUUCAGUGCCAUCCAGAGGCAGCUGAAGCAGAGCACCUGUGAGGCUGUCAUGACCCUGCGCUCACGGCUCCUGGAUGCCAGGCGGAAGCGGCGGAACUUCAGUAAGCAGGCCACUGAAGUGCUGAACGAGUAUUUCUUCCAUCUGAGCAACCCUUACCCCAGUGAAGAGACCAAAGAAGAACUGGCCAGGAAGGGUGGCAUCACGGUGUCCCAGGUGAGCCGUCCUGCCCUGGAAGAAGUGAGUCGGAGGAGGAAGACUGCUGCUGCAGCUACUUAA